AUGAUUGAUCACUUUUUUCAUUUAGGUCGAUUGAGAUUUUACAUAAUUAUAAUAAAUAGAAAUCAAUUUCCAGUUCUUUUUAGUUAAAAUGAGCAAUAAAAAUUAAUAAUUUCGAAGAAAUACCUCAAUAAAUAAAGAAGAAUAGUAGUUUAAUACGAAUUUAAUAAUGCCUAUUUUUAGAUCUAAAUAUAAUAUUAAUGCUAAAAAGUUGCGAAAUUUCUUUUCUCACUCUAAAAGAUCCAAUUUGACAUACUUAUAGUUGGUGUAGGGCCAGCAAGUUUAUCAGGAGUAAUAAGAAUUAAGGAUUUGGAUUCUAACAAAUCAGUUGUUGUGAAUGUUGGCAGCAGAAACUAUUUGUGCAAAACAAAAUUUGAAUAUGAGGAUGAUGUUAAAUAAUCUUGGAUCUAUGAUGAAUUGUCUAGAUCAAGAAAUUUCAAGGGUUCAUUUUAAUACAAUAUUUAUUUUGGAUUGAUAUGGGAACCUUGGAAUAUCAAAUCACAUGUCAAAGAAAGCGAAUCUUAUUUGACUAAAGACUAGGUUCCUUAGAUUAAAUAUGAGAAACCAGAUAGAAAAUUAACCUUUGAUUUUUAGAUAACUUAGAAAGAAGUGGGACCAAUCAUGAACAUGAUCAACCAGCUCAUCUUAAAGUAAUCAAAGAGGUUGAACCUAAGGAAAACUUGA